GUCUUACAAUUAUGCACGAGACAUCAGUAACAGAUAGUCAUUUUCUUGACGGCCGACUUGAAGCGUUUCCAUAUAUUGGCAGUUUGAACCGCUGUACCACAGAAUGCUACUCCGAGCUGAAAUGUGUGUCCGCCGCAUUUUCGUCCGCAACAUAUAGUUGCCAGCUCUACAAGUAUGAUGUUGCUAACUUCACAGUGAAUGCAGUCCACCAAGCCCAGACAGACUUUUAUAAAGUUGUCUGCGAUCAGCAUGAUUAUACUUACAUACGGUCAUUAAACAUAUGCAUGAAGAUGUACGGCAAAGCGGAGACAUUCAAUGUUUCUCGAAGCACUUGUGACAACGAUGGUGCCCAUCUUCUACAUUUGGACACACCCGAAAUGAUGGACUAUCUCAAAGCAAUACUGGCACAUAUAUUUUUUGGCGAAUAUCAGUACUAUUUGGGUGGAUACGGACUGGAAAACAGUACAGAGUACAGAUGGUUUGAUGUAGGUCACGGAACAGAUAUUCCAAUUACCGAAGGCAACGGGGGAGAGUUUUGGGGCCAGAAUGGAACAGAUCAUUGUGUGAGCACUGGUGGAUGCUGCCUAUCUCUACAAUCAGACGGACAGAAUACACAGCUGGCUUCUGUUGACUGUACAGAUGAACUCAUGUUUAUCUGCACAAUAGAUAUGUAAACUUACCUUUUGACAAAGAUCUCGCGUUAUCCAAGCAUAAACGAAUAGGGUGGGUCUUUCUGAUAUUGUUUGUAGAGUAACCUUGUCAACAAAAAAAUAUUUUAUGUUAUUAACACCUGAAGCGUCAGUCAACUAGCUUAACAUAUUUUAAGCUCUGUCAUAUCAGUAGAUUCACAUAGCAGUACUUCAUUGUUUACAUGAAGAACUGAAACUCAAUAGCUCUUACAUACUAACCUACCAUCAACAGAUUUUCGAAAGGAUCUUCCUGCAGAUUUUAUUCACUAUCACAAUUGUUACAUUUAUGUGCAGUGUGGAGGCCGUAAAUAAUGCCCGCAUACUUUUUCUUAAUGUUAUAUUUUCUGGUUCUUUGGAACUUGUAGUAUAUAUAUUACAAAAACGUUUUUAAAAGCCGGUGCUUGAGGUCUUUAAGGAUUGCACAUUACAUUUCUCCACCUGAACAGACCCAAACCAAGUCUGAUAAUAUUUUGCUUGGUUGUGCUCUCUCAAUUUCAUCCUUUAUAUGAACUUUUUUAAAUAUGUGAUUAUCUUUGCCAAAAUGGUUACUUCGCAGUUCUUGAGUAUUAUUCAAGAUGUGAAUUUGCUUUCCGUUUCUCUGUCAAUUUUCAAACGGAAAAAAUGGAUAUGCAAUUUUUUUCAUGAUUGUGUUUUGUUUUUUAAUUUGAUAAUUGAUAAUCUUACUUACCUUCAGAAGCUCGAAAGAAAUAUGUUUAAUAUAGUAAAGGGCUUGUCACCCCCAUCUAAGGCGGAGGGUAUUGUUUUGGCGUUGUUCAUCCGGAUGUUCGCUCAUCCCUCCGUUCGAAAUUAAAAAUGGAUUAUAGAUUAGAGAGUAUUUUAUGCUAGAUUCACCAAACCUCAUAUAAUUAUUGAUUAGCAUAUGACCGUUGUUUACAUGGUCCGAGAGCUCACGGACUUUUAUUGCAAGAAUUGAGGCCAGGCCAAAAGAAGUUUAUACUUUUUUGGAAACAACAUUUCAUAUCCUCCAUGAAAACCCACUUCUUAAGUGUCAAAGCCGUGCCUAUCUAUAUAUUUUGUUCAGUUAUGUUUGUUAUAGGGGAGGCAAAACUCACUUGUAAAAAUAUUAGGGGGUAGGGUAAAGUUUACGUCUACUAGUUUUUUACUGUUUGAUUACAGUAACUAUCUGAUUGUCAUUAAUGUAAAUAUGAUAAAAAUGACAGCAAUAAGAAAUUCAUCAAAAAGGAAUGAAGGGCAAACUGGAUAUUCAAGGUCAAAGGUCAAACUUAUGUAAAAAUCACAAAAUUGGCAUAUUUGAAAUUUAUUUUUAUUCUUAAGAAAUAGUUUGUUAUCAUAAGUCACCCAUCUUUAUUAAGGCAAUGUGUAUAUAUCAGCCAAAAUCAGAAAUGCAACUUUUAUUUGAAAAGGUCAAGGUAAACCCUGAUAAUUGAAGGUCAAAGUUCAUUUUCAUGCAAAAAUGUGAAAAAUAUUACCUUAACUUUUUCUAAUCUGUUUAAUUUGUCUUUACAUUAUUAGUCACUGAAGUUAAUUUGUUUUAAUGUUAGUAUAUCAGGCAAAGUCAGCAGUGCAGAUGUUACCCCAAAAUUGCCAAGAGUAAAGCUAAUAUCGAAGGUCAAAGGUCAAAUUUGUGUGAACAAUUAUUGUGCAGUCCUUUUCCUGAAUUCAAUGUAUAUAUCAGUAUACGGACAAUUUUUUAUAGAGUAAUAUACAUGAUUCAUAUGUUGUUAAAUUUU